GCUGAGCCUGAGCCUGGAGCCGGCAGGUCCGCGCCUCCCCGCGCUGCUGUCCGCCCGUCAGCAUGAAGGUCGAGUUUGCCCCCAUCAACAUCCCCCUAAAGAGGAGGAUCCAGACAGUCGCCGUGCUGCAGUGGAUCUUCUCCUUCCUCCUGCUUGGACAGUUUUGCUGUGGAUUCUUCGUGAUCCUGAUCCUGGGCAACUUCUGGUUCCUUGCUGUGCUGUAUCUGCUGUGGCUCUACCUCGACUGGGAAACACCAUGUGCUGGGGGCAGACGGUCCCAGUGGGUCAGAAGCUGGACUGUUUGGAAGUACUUCAGGGAAUACUUUCCCAUUCACCUGAUAAAAACUUCAGAUCUGAACCCAAAUCACAACUACUUACUUGGCUUUCACCCUCAUGGGGUCCUGGUAGCUGGAGCCUUCGGAAACUUUUGCACCGGUCCAAGUUUCAAAAAUUUAUUUCCUGGGCUUACUCCGUAUCUUCAUAUCAUGCCCAUCUGGUUUGGCUGUCCCUUCUUCAGAGAAUACGUAAUGAGUGCUGGAAUGGUUUCUGCAUCCAAAGAGAGUGUCUCCUAUGUGCUGAAUAAAAAAGGAGGUGGCCACGCAUCCGUCAUUGUGAUCGGAGGAGCAGAGGAAUCUCUGAAUGCACAUCCUGGAAGUCUGACACUGAACAUCCUCAAGAGGAAGGGCUUUAUUAAAAUGGCCCUGAAACACGGGGCUCAUCUGGUCCCGGUGUUCUCCUUUGGGGAAAAUGAACUAUUCAAACAAGUAGCAAACCCCAAAGGCUCGUGGCUCAGAAAUGUACAGGAAAAGCUGCAAAAGAUAAUGGGCUUUGCUUUACCCCUGUUUCAUGCUAGAGGAGUAUUUCAAUACAGUUUUGGCUUAAUACCUUACAGGCAACCCAUUCAUACUGUUGUGGGAAGCCCCAUCCCUGUGAAACAGAACUUGAACCCCACCACUGAAGAGAUUGAUGACCUACAUGCAUUGUAUCUACAGAAACUAAGGCAAUUGUUUGAAGAACACAAAAAAAACUACGGGAUCCCUGAGCAUAGAUCUCUCAUCUUCGAGUAGCAAAUUACAAUUUGAAAUUCCAAAUCUCAUGGAAAGAAACAGUAUCUGCUGAAAGAUGUCUUUGUUGCAAUCCAUAUUUUGCAAGCUGUAAUUAUCCUUAUGCAAGGAAUACUUUUAAGAAGGGAUUAUUAGAUGAUAUAUUGAUUUUUAUCUUACUUUUGGGUGGGUGGGGGAAAUCUUUGGGAUGUGAGCCUCGAAGCCAGUGCUGUUUUGAGUUGUCCUUUUAGGUUUAUCUGUACCAGAAAUGCAAGAGACCCCACAUAGAUGUUCUUACUGCCACGGUACCUACCCAUAGCUUGAGCACAGGAAAUCGCCCCAGCAUGAGAUCACGAGCAGGAAAAGUAAAAACCCGAGAAGUCUUUGACUAGAAGUUAAGAGACUUUCCAGCAUUUAUCAAACAUGGCAUCAGGUUGUUCUCUGAACGCCAGAAAUCCCUGCUGCUCUUCCAGAGAGAUGAUGGUGUGUGUUUUCAGCAGAUGGGUAUUGCAAACCAUUUACAUGAGAAUUCAAGAAUGAAUAGGAGCUUUCAGCCCUGAAUAGGAUAUUGGCGAAAGUGGUUUGUCCAAAGUUGUGAGGCAGAGCAAACCUUCUGUUUGGAGGAGAACAGUGUGUUGAGCUUUUGUGUGCAUGUGUGUGCUGGGUGGUGGGAAGCACUGAAUGACGUGACAAUGAAUGUGUGGGACAACCUGUGUUUUGAAUCUUCAGUUUGGAAGACGAAGCAGCUUUGAUAGUUCCAGCUCCAGAGGAGAUGGCAGGCACAGGACAGGAGAAGUGAGGGAAUCGUGUGAACUUUACACCUUGUGCAAAGCAGAAAUGAUCACACGUCAAGCACCUGCACAGAAGGAAGGGGAGCCCGGUUUGCUCAGUCUGGUUCUGAAAUUUCACCAAGGAAAGUGUACUUGGUCAUGCCUUUUUCUUCCCCACUAACAGGUGUGGGGAAGCACGUUACAGCUGUGCUGCAGUGUGACACAGCUGCAAUGCCAGGACAGUGUGAGCACAGCUGUAGGGUGCAGCAGGUUAAGAGGGUGCUUUGUAUAUAAACCAGGUGCCUAAAGUUGUAUCCUAAAUGUGGAUAUCAAUUUCAGAAAAAAAG